AUGGCACGAUUUCUCCACUUACCCGAAGAGCUUCUCCUCCAAAUCGCCUCCGCGGUUAACGACGACACGUCAGCCGCCUUCCGGCACCUGGCACUUACACAUCGCCGCUUCAGACACAUCGCCAACGAGGCGCUGAUUUGCAACGGUACCGUGUCUAUCCGAGGCAUCCCCAGAUACCUCGAGCUUCUCUCUGACCACCAAACAUGGAUCCGACGUAUCAUUCGUGUCAAGCUACUGGACACUAGGAAAAAGCACGCUCCUUUCUUCCCACGUCCAGCAGCACGGAACGCGUGCGAACAAUUCGUCCGCGACUUAUUCCCAGAGAGCAAGCUGCCCAAUCAGUGCGAAUUCGAAGUCACCAAGUCCAAGCAGACGUAUGAGCUUUGGGUUCUUGUCCUCCUUGCCAUUGUCCCUGCGAAACACUUGGACAUUGCAGCGGAAUUCGGCGGCUUCUACACAGCCGGCUAUCGCGAGCUGUUAGUGGCUCCCGGAGAAGGACGACCUCGUUGGGGGGUCCACCACAGCCAAGUUCUCCUCAUCGACGGGCUACUGGAGAAAACCAGGCCGCGCAUUGAGGAACUCACCUUCACCAAGGCGCAAGUCAACAUGUGCAUUAGGGGCACGCGACCCAACACAUGGCGAUGGACGCAUCUCAAGACUCUCUCGCUAAGUGGCGCUUCCAUACCUCUAAGUGGACGCCCGUGUCCGUGUGCGUGCCCGUACACCAGAGAACUAAUCCCCGAUGACCUAGAAGUCCUGCGGAUAUACUGCGACGCCGCUACUUGUCCGUGGAACUUGCUCAACGACAUCCACCACCGGAAAAACUUGCUGCAGGGGAAUGAAUCCCGCCUCCCUGAUCUGCGGCAGGUGCAGGUUUUCUUCAGAUCGCCGGCGACGCAGGUCGCAGACUAUGUCGUCUCCGCAAAGGUGUCGUCCAUAGACUUGAAGUAUUGGGCAAGUCUGUUGCCGGCGGCUGCGAAGAGGCGGGAUAUAGUGGCGCGUUGGGAGAACAGUGAGGCAAUUGAGACGUUCUUUGCUAAGAGCGACGGGUGCAGUGCGAAGAUUAGUCUAGAGGACUAUCAACGCGGGAAUAUCAUGCAGGCGGUGAGGCGCGCGGAGAGAGAAUACAGUCAACGGAGGACGGAUGCAGUAAUUCGAAGAAAAAGAUAG